CUCUCUCUCUAUAUAUAUGAGACUCUUUAUCUCUCUCCCGUACAUCUAGUUACCAUGGACCACCCAUCGCUGAUGAAGAGAGAAUAGAACGUGACAAUUCCAGAAUACUAAAAUAACAACAACAACGCUGCAUCUUUUAUCAUCUAACAACAAUGACCGAGUAAAUAAAGCCAAACAAAGCAUAGUGCUCGUAGCAUAGAGUUGUGACCUCUCUCAUUUUACUCGGGGACCAAAUUAAAGGUCGCCGGAGGGUAACUCUACAUGAACAAAUGUCAGCUUCCGAUAACAGCCGAGCCCGAGAGCUAGCCGGCUUGACCCUUGACGACGUGUUAGGGAACCAGAAGAGACCUUCUUCAACACCUCCCAGCCAACAACUUCCCAAGAGCCGAACCCUACUUGACAUCAUCAAAGAAGACGAGAGCAACAAGAAAGACCGCAGAUCUUGGAAAGCCUUCAAGGACAAGCUUCGGCUGAAGCGCGCAGGCUCAGCUUGGACAUCGACAAUUCAUAUCCCGACUUCGGAUGUUCCUAUCCCUAACCCGAAUAGCAGAAUCUUCACCCAGUUUGGUCACCGCAACUCGGUCCAAUCCCCGACUCAGACUCUGACUCUGACUCACUCCGACUCGGACAUGUCAACUCCCUACGAUGCUCGCCAAGUCGAAGACCUCGACCCCGCCGCCGCCGACGACUCCGGUUAUCCGGCCACCAUGCCUCCCGCCGUCCGCCCCCAGUUUAGCCGCCGCGGAUCCACCCGCUUCGACGGCGACCCCUCCGGCGAAAACACCGCCGGCACGCUCCGGCCGCAGCUCUCGCGGCGGAACUCCACCAACAUGCCGUCGGAGCCCUACAAGCGUGGCCGCGUGGUGACGUUCCGCGACACCUUCGACGACGAGGACGACGGCGGCGAGAAGCCGGGGGAGGGGAGGGCGCUGUCGGCGAGGGAGGCGGUGGCGGCGCAAGAGGCGGCAGAGGCGGCGGCGCAGGAGGCGGAAGAGGCGGAAGAGCAGGCGCCGGUGAUGAUGUCGCUGAUGGACUUGCUGGAGGAGACGGACAGGGAGAUGGGGCUCGAAGGAUCGAGGUAUAUAUUGAGUGAUGAUGAUGAGGAUGAAGAUGAAGAUGAUGAUGGUGGAGAGGGUUCUAUGGAACACACUUGCUGUGUUUGCAUGGUGAGGCAUAAGGCUGCUGCUUUUAUACCUUGUGGCCACACCUUCUGCAGGAUGUGCUCAAGGGAGCUUAUGGUUAGUAGGGGGAAUUGCCCUCGCUGCAACAAUUUCAUUUUGGAGAUUCUUGACAUUUUCUGAGUUUUUUCUGUAUAAUUUCUGGGAAAUUGUUGUGUUUACUAUUUUUUUAACUUUUUUUCUCAUUGAUUGUUACUGUUCUUGAUUAUUAUUAUUGCUAUUUUGGGUUUGUUUCUCCCCUUCUGAGGUGCUGUUCUGAGGUGUGAAUAGGAAUGGGGAUGAUCAUGUUAAUGUUUCUUUCUUGCCAUGCAUAGAGAUGAAGUUUUCGGAGUUAGUUUGUAUUUCCCUGGCUCAUAAUUUUUCUUCUGUAUAUGAUAGAAGUUAUGUAAUUAGUGUUGCGAAAUGGAGAUGAUGAUGAGAAUGGAUAAGGCAUACAAUUUCUUUCA